CUAAAUCCCAUAGAGAAUCUCUGGGGUAUCUUGGUACGCAGGGUCUUUGCCGGUGGUCCAGUAUGACAGUGUUUCUUCGCUGAGAGCAGCCAUUCUAAGUGCAUGGAACUCAAUUCCAGAAAAUGUAAUUCAAAAUCGCGUUGACAGUAUGCCAAAUAGAAUCCUCGAAGUUAUUCGUGAAGUAGGUGGUCUAACUAAGUAUUAA